CUGCGCCUCGAGUUCUGCGCCCCGGAGCUGGGAUCCCGAGUUCCGCGCCCCGAGUUCCGCGUCCCGAGUCCUGCGCCCCUAGUUCUGCACCCCGAGUUCUGCGCACAGAUUUCUGCGCCCCGAGUUCUGGGCCCCGCGCCCCGCCAUGGCGCUGAGCGCCCCGAUGUUGCCGGCCUUCGCCACGUUCGCCAGCCCGUGUCGGGAGCGCGGCCCCCAGGAGCGCUGGCCGUGCGCGGAGCCGGAGCCCGGCGCCCCCGACGGCGACCUGGACGACGUGCUGGACUUCAUCCUGUCCAUGGGGCUGGACGCGCCCCCCGCGCCCCCCGGCUUCCCGCCCGAGCCGCCGCCGCCCUUCGCGCCCGGCCCCGCGUCCCAGCCCGACGGCCGCUUCCCGCCCGGCCGCGUCAAGGCCGAGCCCCCCGGCGACCCCGCGGCCUUCGCGCCCCCCGCCCGCGCCCCCCGCCCGCCGCCGCGCCCCGACACGCCGCCGCUCAGCCCCGGCUUCGCGCCCUUCGCCUUCGCCGCCCGCGCGCCCUUCGCCUUCGCCGCCCUCGCCGCCCCCGGCCCCGCCGCCCCCGGCCCCGCCGCCCCCGGCCCCCGCGCGCUGCCCACGCCGCCCGCGUCGCCGCUCGACCUGCUGGAGCCCAAGGCCAAGCGCGGCCGCCGCACCUGGCCCCGCAAGCGCAGCGCCGCGCACACCUGCAGCUACGCCGCCUGCGGGAAGACCUACACCAAGAGCUCGCACCUCAAGGCGCACCUGCGCACGCACACAGGUGAGGGGCUGCGGGGCGCUGCGCACAGGCGAGAAGCCCUACCACUGCACCUGGACCGGCUGCGGCUGGAAGUUCGCGCGCUCCGACGAGCUCACGCGCCAUUACCGCAAACACACCGGCCACCGGCCCUUCCAGUGCCGCCUGUGCGAGCGCGCCUUCUCCCGCUCCGACCACCUGGCCCUGCACAUGAAGCGGCACAUGUAGGGCCGGCGCCCCACACCCGCACCCGCACCCGGCACUCGGCACCCAGCACCCGGCACUCGGUACUCGCACUCGGCACCCGAGCUGGCACCCGGCACUCGGCACCCAGCACCCCGCACUCGGCACCCAGCACCCGGCACCCGGCACUCACACCCGAGCCGGCACCCAGCACCCAGCACCCUACACCUGGCACCCAGCACCCCGAGCCCCAGCACUCAGCACCCCAAACCUCACCACUCAGCAGCCCAAACCUCAGUACUCAGCACUCCAAACCUCACCACUCAGCACCCCAAACCUCACCACUCAGCACCCCAAACCUCACCACUCAGCACCCCAAACCUCACCACUCAGCACCCCGAGCCCCAGCACUCAGCACACCAACCCCAGCACCCAGCACCCCAACCCCAGGCCGUGGCGGGUCCCACGUGCCCCAGCCCCCACCCCACCCCCAACUCCAGACUGUGACUUGACUAUUUAUUAGAACCCAGGGCCCAAGACGGACCCCAGGGGGCAGAGGCCCCACAUCUUGGGGGAAAAGAAGACAAAACAUAAAAAACUAGAGGCGACUCUCCUGUUUCCAGAGGACAUUUGACAGCGGUCUUGGCGGCUCCCCUGCCCUGGGUUUUGGGUUGUUUUUUUAUAUAUAUAUAUAUAUAUAUAUAUGACUUUGGCUGGUUUUGCUGGUUUUUAAUUAAAUGACAAUCACAGAAAGAAGAAGAAGGAAGAAAAGAGAUUUUUAUGUCUUUUGCAAAAAAAAUAAAAAUAAAAAUAAAA